UCUUGUUCCUGGCUUAGUGUGAAUGAAACCAGAGAAUACUGAGUACAUGGGAUUGGUUUGUUACAUCAGAAGUCACCAAAUAUCACUACAAAAUAGAAGAAAUGCAACACUGGGAGCAAUCAGGUUACGAGCCGUCCUUACCCAUCACAGAGAAAUCAAAUCCAAUCACCACAGAUAUCGAUAGAGCAGACCCCAACGGGAUUGUACAAAUGCUGGAAAAAUGUGAUGCAGAGAUGUUUCAGAAAACAGUGCAUGAAGACUCCAUGUAUCAGAAAUUGAACAGCUGUUCUGUGAUCCAAACAAUGGUGGAUAUAUCUAAGAAAGUGGAAAUGAUUCUCAAGGAUCCAGAAAACAGUCUGAUUGUACUGAGUGGAUGUGGUACCUCAGGCCGUGUUGCAUUUCUUUUGGCGACAUCCUUUAACAGAUGGCUCGCUGCUCUUCAUGAAAAUCAAAUCUAUUCUUACAUCAUUGCUGGAGGUGACAAGGCCCUGCUGACAUCACAGGAGGCUCCAGAGGACAACCCCUCGCUGGGAGCACUCAUGCUGGACAAGGUUUGUUCGGGCAAGAAGCACGUCCUCUUUUUUGGGAUAUCCUGUGGUUUGUCCGCUCCUUUUGUUGCUGGACAGCUUCACCUCUGUCUGAACAACCUGGAGGUCUUCACUCCAGUGCUGGUUGGGUUUAAUCCUGUGAACAUGGCACGGACUGAGCUCAUGCGGGACUUUCCAUCAAACUUCAGGAAGAUUGCAGAGAAAAUGAGUGAAAUGCAGAAACACCAAAGGGCUUUUGUGCUUAAUCCAGCAGUGGGGCCUGAAGCUAUUACCGGAUCUUCAAGAAUGAAAGGAGGAAGUGCCACAAAACUAAUGCUGGAAACUGUUCUUCUGGCGGGACAUGAAGCUAUGUACAAUAAGACAGCAGUAACACCUGAUGGUGAGUUGGCCUUGAUCGAAAUGAAUGAGAAAGUUCAUAAAGUCACAUACUCAAAGAACAAAAAACUGGCCGCCCUGGUUCAGAAGGCUGGAGUCAGCCUGCGGGGGAAAGGACAUGUGUAUUACCUUGGAUGGCAAACUCUAGGCAUUAUUGGGAUUAUAGACGCCAGCGAAUGCAUUCCAACAUUUGGAGCAGCCUUUGAAGAUAUCAGAGGCUUUAUUUGCAGAGGCUUCAGUGAAAUCAACAACAAAGAGGGAGACCUGUCAUCUGAGGGACUACAUUUCUCUAUCAGCCACAAGGACUUUGUGAAGAGGAUUUUACCCAGCCUGAGUGACAAUGACAUGGUGAUUUUUCUCUUCAGUGUACAUGAUGACCUGAAUGAGGUGUCUGAGUUGGCCAAGUGUGUAGGACAUAAUACAUCAAAUAUCCAUGCACUCAUCCAUGACCUUGAUGGACACUGUGUUCCAGACAGCAUUAAGGGCUUAUUUAUGACUGGCCUCAACAUCACAUGGCCGUCCUCUUUAUAUGAACAGCGCUCGAUCCUAAUGAACCAGCACUGGGAACUUUCUACCAAAUGGUGCCUCAACGCAAUCAGCACAGGUGCUCAUAUUCUAAAAGGGAAAGUGUACAAGAAUUACAUGAUAGAUCUCAGAGUAACCAAUAGCAAACUCUACAGAAGAGCUAUUGGUAUGUUACAGAGGUUCACGAAUAGCACCCAAACACAGAGUGAAACAGCUCUACUGAAAUCCAUCUAUGAUGUGGAGGAGUUGACCGAAGAGAUAAGCUCAGCAGACGUCACACAACACACACUGACGGCUAACCAAAAGGACCAGGUUGUUCCCACUGCACUGGUGAUGCUACAGACUGGCUGUUCGCUUGCUGAGGCAAAGUCUCACUUAGAUGCUCACCCUGUGAUUCGAGAUGCAGUGGCUGCCUGCCUGAGGUUGUCUUAAUGUGCUGAAGGUCUGAAGACUGCAGCCUGUGAAUAGAGCAGUAAAAAUUAAUAGGUAUAUAAUAAGUAACAAUUAUGAUAUAUGAUGAAUAAUCGUAAAAUGUACAAUAAAAGAUGUAGUCCCUUAAAGUGCAAACAAAUAUUGCUGUUAUUUGCUUUAGGAUUGCUAAUAACUACUACUAAUACUAUCAAAAACUUUUACUACAUGUAAUGGCACAGGGACUAGUAUCACGUCCCAUGACUUUUGCCAUGUCUUAUUGGAGCUAAAGAACAUGGCACAGACCAGUGGGGUAUGCGAAUGUGGAGGUGUUUUCUGCUAGAGUUGCUGGUCUGACCAUGCUAGCCUGAUUCUGCUGGUCUUGAUCAUUAGUUAAGAUGACUGUAUUUUGUACAAUCUCAGGAUAUUCACUAGAUCUAAAGUGCUGAAAUGGUAAAAAUAUACUGAAGAAAACUGGAACAACAUGGAAAACCUUUACAACAAAGUUAUUUCUUCUAUUCAAAUAAAUUAUUUCAGUUCUGUAUAAAA